AUGGAUUCCCAGAAGUUCGCUCUACAUGAAGCUGCGAGAGAAGGCAGAGACCAGGUGGUCGAGUCAUUGCUCAACGCUAAUCCCAAGUCUGCACUCGUCAAAGAUGAUGAUGAUCGCCUUCCAAUCCACUGGGCUACAGCCUACAACCACCUUCGGGUAGUGGAGUUGCUAGUGGGUGCCAAAGGAUUCGAUCCUGAUGUGGAAGAUGGUUCCGGCUGGACCCCUCUUAUGAUUGCAGCUAGCUUGAAAGAUGCUGCGGGUGAUGCGAUUAUCGAAAUGCUCCUGCGAAAAGGCGCUGAUGUUUCGACCAAGAGCAGCUCAGGACAGAAUGCUCUUCACUUUGCUAGCUCCAAGUCCAACACAUCAACUGUUCGCACGUUGAUUGCCAACAAAUGCAGUGCCAGAGUCAAGGAUAAGCGGGGACAGCUACCUCUUCACAGAGCUGCGGCAGUGGGAUCUGUUCCCAUCUUGAAGACGCUUUUGGAGGAGGGUAAGAGUCCUGUCAACGCAACGGAUAGUGACGGAUUCACGGCUCUUCACCAUGCUAUUUCUGAAGGACAUGGAGAUGCAGCAAUUCUGUUGUUGAAGUCUGGAGCAGAGCCAGAGAAGCGAGACAACGAUGGAAGGCUGGCAAUCGAGCUCGUUUCUGAUGAAAAGGUCAAGCAAUACAUUCUGCAGACAGCAGAGCGCGAAGGAAUUGAAUUACCCUGA